ACAAAGAACUCAUGUCAGCAUUCACGUACCCAUAGAUCAGUGGUAAGAGCACCCAUCAGCUCUGCCAUUACGAUGCGCCACUAAACUUUUAGUCCAGAAGAGAAAGUCGAAACGUACGUGUCGUAACGGAAGGGCGUGUGACCUUUUACCGUUCGCGCGCUAGUCUCACGUAGCUUCAUUCUCCUUCUUCCCCAGCCAACAACAGGCUCCUAGUAAUAAUCUACCGGAUAACAUGCACCCGGGGCUACUGUUGUGCUCAACUUUGGCUCUGAUCACGAGAUCGGUCACGUCGGAGCGAGCAGAUUCCAUGAUCACAUCUCGGUCAGGAUUAAGUCCGUGGGUGGACGUUGACACACCCGAGAGCGCUUACAACGUCACGUCGUCGCGUGGACAUACGUGGGCGUUGGUCAUGAGCGACGAAUUUAACGUCGCUGGGCGUAAUUUUACGCCUGGAGCGGACCACAUGUGGACAGCGUUAGAGAUGCCCGACGGUGUUAACGCGGCUCUGGAAUACUACAGCUUCAAUAUGACAGAUACUGUUACCGAAUCGGACGGUCGUGGGGUAUUCAGGAUAAAGAUUAUGGAGGAGGAGAACAUCACGUACACUGUGUGGAACACGUACGCCAAACCUGCAGGUUUUGAGACCCACCACAUGUACUACCGAGCUGGAAUGGUACAGUCCUGGAACAAAUUCUGUUUCCAAGGGGGGAGGAUGGAAGUGGUGGCUCAAUUACCAGCUACAACGAGCUCCAGUAACCCGGAUAUGGGUGACGUUAAGAACCGCGUUAAGACUAACGCGUUCUACCCCACAUGGCCGGGUAUUUGGCUACUGGGAAAUUUAGGGAGAGCUCUCUUCUCCCAGUCGACCAGUCGGAUGUGGCCUUGGAGCUACAAUGAAUGCAACGACAAGCUCGAAUCUAGUCAGAGAAUCAGUGCGUGCGACGGUAAUCCGGGUCAUGGUCUCAAUCCCCAUCAAGGACGAGGAGCUCCGGAGAUCGAUCUACUGGAAGGUGGAGGUGUAGCCAUCUCCACGAGUAUUCAGGUCGCUCCGGGAAUGCCCGAUGAAUUCCGUAUCAUUGCUCCUUCGGAUGAUACCAGUCCGUACUGUGUGUACACCGGUUCGUGUACUACUAUCGGUGCUAAUUUUCCUGGUAUUCCAGCAAAAACGUACGAAGCUCGAGGUCAUGACAGUUGGUAUCAAGGUCUUCGGUACGCUCCAAACACACUCUGUAACUCGGUCAGCAGCCUCGUUCAGGACCCGGAAAUGGUCAUUGCUAAUUCCAAGAAAGGCUUCACUUCGAAUACGUGUAAAGGAGUCAACGCAUGUCCAGCUUCCGGUGAUGGAUACUCCGAUCUAGGCUUGAUCGACGGUAAAGGACCUGAAUACUGGGGGGUUAACAAAGCGGGCGGAUGCAUGCCUGUUAUUAACGGAUACACGGGAGCGUUCCUAUGUGACCCUGACAGUUCCAACAAGAAAUGCUCCUCUCCGUUAGGAGCUGAAGAACCCAAGAGUAAAGUUAUGGAACCAUUCGAAUAUCAGAUGGACGCUCUAUCAGCUAACUGGCCGGUACAACUUGCAGCCUACACGAGUUAUGUGAAAUACCAAGUCGAAUGGGUCAUGGGCUCACAAGGAUACAUUCGAUGGAUGGUCGAGGAUAUUGUUAUAUUCGAAAUCCCAGCCGAGUCUGUGGAGAACGUACCACAAGAUGACGCAAAAUCAAACCCCAAGAAGAUUAUGCUGGAAGAACCCAUGUACGUGAUUUUUAACGUCGCGUUAUCCACUAGUUGGGGUGCCACGCCACCGAAUCCAGGCUCUCCAUGUCGUGGGGAUGGCAGCAAUGCUCAGAACAACGCUAUUUGUGACGGAUUCCCUAUGUACAUGAAGAUCGACUACAUUCGUAUCUACCAGGAUCUCUCGUCUAACUCCACUAUGUCUAUCGGUUGUGAUCCUUCCACUCAUCCGACUAAGCAGUGGAUCGAGGAUCAUAUCGACGAGUACGAGACGACGGAGAACAAGUGGAUCGAAGUUCAGGGAGGAGCCAAUUGCAAGAGUGAUCUGGACUGUACGGUCAGUACUUCGCACAUUUUGACGGGCAAAUGUAACAAGAAGGGGCGUUGUAGUUGUGGGUCUUCGGGUGCGUGGGGCGGUCCGCGGUGCACUACUCCACUUGCUGAUACAGCGAAUGGAGAAGGAUUCGGUCCACCUACAGUUCUUUCGAGCUUGUUCGGUGCAUUCGUCAUUGUACUCUUGGUCUUUGUCGUGUACAAGAUCAUCGGCCAACGUAGCAGGAAGGCUAUGGUGGGUGCUGGAAUUACCCAACCAGCAAUUCUCUCCAAGGUUGAGAUGGACGACGUCCCACGGUCGAAUAAAAGUCAGAGUGGCUCAGAGGACAAGCUGGUGUAGGUCUUCGUAACAUGAAUUUGGAUAUUAUGCGACUAUUAAGCCGAAAAUUUCACAACAUCACUUGCAUCCCACUGAUGUUCAGCUGGCUAAAAGCAAAUGAAGUGGUUGUUUCAUUCAUGCUUGCUUUCGGUGUUACCCCUGCCUCGCGGAAGGUGAUUUUCUCUUUUCUUGUAGUUAACAGAAUACUUAGUACUUGUACAAAUUUUGAGGGAUCUUUUAUCUAUAUUUUUUAUGAGCGUCACCUAGAAAAGCUCUUUGAGAAAAAAAAUCUCCGUCCGGUUAGUUGACUUGGCUAGAUAUUAAAAUUUAGAAUGAGAAAUGAGUUGUAUCACAAACUUCUAAUGCAGAUCGGC